AUGCCUGAAGGUCUUCCUAACCCAGAUCACAAGGUUUGCAAGCUUGUUAAGUCAUUAUAUGGCUUAAAACAAGCUAGUAGGCAGUGGUUUGCAAGACUCACUGCAGAACUUACUCUUCAAGGCUUUAUACAAAGCAAAAAUGAUUACUCCUUGUUCAUUAACAAAUCUGGGAUUGAUAUGUGCAUUGCUGCUGUCUAUGUGGAUGAUAUAAUUCUCACCGGCCCCAAUCUUCCUCUUAUUCUUAGCCUCAAAGCUCACCUACAUACUGCUUUCAGCAUCAAGGAUCUGGGUCCCCUCAGUUAUUUCCUUGGCUUAGAAGUCACUAGGUUGUCUAAUGGCAUCAUUCUCAGUCAAAGAAAGUUCACUAAAGAAUUACUAGCAGAGUGUGAACUUGAUACUUCUAAACCUGCAAAGACACCUCUUCCUCUCAAUUUGCAACUUUUGGCUGACUCAGGUGAUUUCUAUGCUGAUCCUAGCCACUACAGAUGUUUAGUUGGCAAGCUAAACUUCCUGACUCAUACCAGGCCAGAUAUUUCUUAUGGUGUCCAAACACUCAGUCAAUUUCUGCAAGCUCCCAGAACUCCUCAUCUGAAAGCUCUACAUCAUCUUCUUAGAUAUGUAGCAGGUUCUGUUGGCCAGGGCAUUUUAUUACAAGCUUCUCCUCAGCUUACUUUGCAAGGGUAUUCUGAUUCAGAUUGGGGUGCAUGUCCCAACACCAGAAGAUCAGUGACUGGCUAUUUGAUGCUCUUGGGCAAAAGUCCUAUCUCUUGGAAAUCUAAAAAGCAGUCCACUGUCUCAAAAUCAUCUUCUGAGGCUGAAUAUAGAGCCUUAGCUGCUGCUGCUUCAGAAAUUACUUGGCUAGUGAGACUUCUUACUGAGCUUGGUGUUGAUAAUUUGAAUCCUGUUAAGCUUUGCUGUGACAACCAAUCUGCCAUUCAUUUGGGUAAGAAUCCUGUUCAGCAUGAAAGGACCAAGCACAUUGAGCUUGAUGCUCAUUUCACUCGAGACAAAGUGUUGGAAGGAUUACUUGAGCUUAGUUACAUUCCUACUGGAGAACAACUUGCUGAUCUUCUCACCAAGACUCUCCCUUCUCCUCAGUUAUCUAAGCUAAUGUCCAAUCUAGGUGUGUCUCCUGCUGAAUCCACCCCUAGCUUGAGGGGGGAUAUUGAAGUAUCUCCUGCUAUUGGUCCAGCUCAGCAAGUUUAG